AUGGGAGUGUCAAAAAUACCACAGCGAAGAACUCCCAUCAACAUCCAGGAUGCUCCUGCUGACAGUCUCUCAUCCAGACGGAUUGUUCUUCUGGGUAAAAGUGGUGUUGGGAAGAGUGCAUCUGGAAACACAAUAUUGGGAGAGAGAGAGUUUGAAACUCAGUCAAGUACAUGUUCAGUAACUCGCGAAUGUUCAGAAGCUCGCGAAUGUUCAUUGAAUCCUGAAAAGUUAAUGAAGGAGAUAGCCAGAAGUGUUUAUAUAUCCAGUCCUGGACCACAUGCUUUUCUCAUUGUGUUUCCUGUGAAUAUGAGGAUAACUGAACAAGAGCAGCAGAUUCCUCAGAUGAUUGAGAUGAUGUUUGGUGAAGAAGUGUUAAAAUACUCCAUCAUUCUCUUCACUCAUGGAGAUCAGCUAGAAGAAAAGUCUGUAGUGAAACUCAUUGAGGAGAACAGUGCAUUAAGAGAUCUGGUUGUUCAGUGUGGAGGCAGAUUUCACAUCUUCAACAAUAAAGAUCAGAAUAACAGAGAGCAGGUGAAUGAUCUACUGCAGAAGAUUGACACAAUGAUAGAGCAGAAUGGAGGAGGACACUACAGUAAUCAGAUGUUUGAAGAUGCUCACAGAUUCAGACAAGAGGGAGAAGAGAGGAGAAAACUACAAGAGGAGACUGAGAGAGCAGGACCAUGGAGAACAAAACCAGUCAAUGAAAGUGACCGGUGCACAAUACUUUAA